GUUUCACAAUCAUAGUGGUGCAGCACCCAAAAACUGUUCUGGCUAAGCUGACAGAGAACAAUUAAAUAUGAUUUUGUACAAUCUUCUCAUAAUAACUUUGACCUUGAAUGAAAUCAUUGUUGAUUUAGACGCCUUUCUUUGCAAAAAAGGUAAGGAAAAUAACUUUUUAGAGUUUGUAGGCCAGAGAGUGUUUGAGUUUUAUGGCAAGAAGUCAUGUGUGCCAUGCCAGGAUGGGUAUUUUCAGCCAACAGAAAAUCAAUCGAAAAGUUGUACAGGAUGUGAAAGAUGUGACGAAGCAAGAGGGAGUAGAGUCAAAGUGAAAUGCACUAAGGAAACAAAUACAGUAUGUGAAUGUCGGCCAGGAUUUGUUCCAUUUUCAAAGGAAUCUUCCAUCUGUAUAUGUGAAAAAGGAUCGGGACUUAAAGAUAAUGAGUGUUUAAAAUGCCAGGAUGGAUAUUUCAGCUCAAGCUAUGAUACAUCCUGUCAAAAAUGGAAAGACUGUAAAUCCGCAGGAAUUAAAAAAGAGGGAACCCCCACCUCUGACGUCAUCUGUAACGAGGUGUUAAAUGGCAGCCAGACCACUACAGCACCUGCUGUCAUUAAAAAGGUUUUCCCCUCGCUCUCAAUUACACAUCCUCCACACGAGGGGGUUCAAACACAGAAGACACUCUCUAACACCACCACAGCUCCUGUUCAACCCACCACUGUGAGAAAAAAAGUGCAGCCUAGCUUUCCGAGCUCAAACACUAGCAAUCACGUUGGUACGGCCAUUCUCACUUUGGGAAUUGUUGGACUGCUCGUGUUAACAGUUAUGACCUGCAAGCUACACAUCACUCCCUGCUGGAGGACUAAACAAGCACUACAGACCAAGGACUCUUUGUGUCGCAGGCCAGUUGAGGAAAGCGGCGAUGGCAGUGAGUCCUCUUUGAAACUCAAUCCAGAGCCCUGAAAUAAGGCUUUCCUUGGAUUUAAAAUCCUUAUCCUUUAUUUCAGUGAAUCCUCUUGGUUAAAGUUAUUAUAGAUCCCUUUAUUUCACCUUAUAUCAUUUGUUGCAUGUUAGACAUACAUCAAAAUCAUUUAUAUUGUAAUAUUUCUUUUUCAACCAGGACUAUGGUUAAUAUUUGACCUUGGUUAUGUUGUAAUACAUUAUAAGGUAUUUCAAGUUCAAGAAAUGUACCUCGCUUUUUUAAACUGUGAAUUCCUUUUACCGGUAUGUAAACAUUUUUUCCCCUAUUACAAAUACUUUUAUACCUCUAUAGAUUUUAUAAUUGCUACUUACAUGUGUGUUUCUGCAGGUUUUAUAAACCUACUUACAUUCUAUAUUGUUAAAUAAGUAAUAGGGCUGGGACAUCUCUGAGAAACAUUCAUUUUGAAUAAUCAAACAGUUAGAAUAUACAAUAAGGUGUUAAAAAAUAGUGGAGCAAAGUUUAUCUGUUAUUUUGUAAUAGCUUCUCAGCCUCAAUGUUUUGUUAUGCGUUUUUUUUCUCAGUCUGUUCCACUAGCUGCAUCUGUUCUGCACAGAACAAGAAAAAAAAAAUGCUUUCAGAGAUAUGUGGGGUUAGGGGAAGUACCAGGUGGAGCAAAAUGGAUUUCUAAUUUGUCCUCCCACCGAGAGAUGCUUACUAUCUUUUUUUUUUUUUCUCUCCCUUUCCUGUAUUUGGAAAGACUGAUGUUUUGAAAGUGAACACUUUCAUGUUGUUUUUUGCUUUCUGGAAAUAUUUCUCAGAUAAGGAGAGUGAGAGGAGUAUGAAACUUUGACCCCAUUACCUUUCACCAUUUCCAUUUUACUUAAAAAAAAAAAAAAAAA